CUCUUCAUAGGCAGCACAGGCUGCUCUCGGGACUUUGAUUGGCUCCCCGGGCGCUGAGUGGUCAUUGGCUAUGGUGGGUCGUCAGGGCGACUGAGAGGAAAAAGAGCAGGGGUGUUGGGCCUGACGGGCGAACCUAGGCUGCGGGUGGCUGGGCGGUUUCGCGGGGGUGGUGUACGGGAGAGCUGCGGUGCCCGGGGCGCCCAGGGCUGAGGCUGCAACUCCGGGAGGUACCUGAGCUAGUGGGCAGGCAAGGAGGAGCGGCCAGUGAGACGCCGCGGGCCGGGACCAUGGGCUGCUUCUUCUCCAAGAGGCAGAAGGCUGAGAAGGAGUCGCAGCCCGAGGGCGAGGAGGAGCGGCCGAAGCAGUACAGCUGGGACCAGCGCGAAAAGGUCGAUCCAAAGGACUUCAUGUUCAGCGGCCUGAAGGACGAAACAGUAGGUCGCUUACCUGGGAAAGUGGCAGGACAACAGUUUCUCAUUCAAGACUGUGAGAACUGUAACAUCUACAUUUUUGAUCACUCUGCCACAGUCACUAUCGAUGACUGUACCAACUGUGUCAUUUUUCUGGGACCCGUGAAAGGCAGCGUGUUCUUCCGGAAUUGCAGAGAUUGCAAGUGCGCCCUAGCCUGCCAGCAGUUUCGUGUGCGGGACUGUCGAAAGCUGGAGGUCUUUCUGUGCUGUGCCACUCAGCCCAUCAUCGAGUCUUCCACACAUAUCAAGUUCGGCUGUUUUCAGUGGUACUACCCUGAACUAGCGUUCCAGUUCAAAGAUGCAGGGCUCAGUAUCUUCAAUAAUACCUGGAGUAACAUUCAUGACUUUACACCUGUGUCAGGAGAGCUCAACUGGAGCCUUCUGCCGGAAGAUGCUGUCGUGGAAGAUCAUGUGCCUCUGCCUACGACGGAAGAGCUCAAAGCUAUCCGCCUUUCCACCGAAGCCAGUAAAAGUAUCGUCCCAGUGUCCCGGGGCCAGAGGCAGAAGAACAGUGAUGAAUCCUGCUUAGUGGUAUUAUUUGCUGGUGACUACACUAUUGCAAAUGCCAGGAAGCUAAUCGAUGAGAUGGUGGGUAAAGGCUUUUUCCUAGUUCAGACCAAGGAGGUGUCAAUGAAAGCUGAGGAUGCUCAAAGGGUUUUUCGGGAAAAAGCACCUGACUUCCUUCCUCUUCUGAACAAAGGUCCUGUCAUUGCUUUGGAGUUCAAUGGAGAUGGUGCUGUAGAAGGAUGUCAGCUUAUCGUCAACGAGAUAUUCAAUGGGACCAAGAUGUUUGUAUCAGAAAGCAAGGAGACAGCACCUGGAGAUGUAGACAGCUUCUACAACUUUGCCGAUAUACAGAUGGGAAUAUGAAGUACAGUUUGAAACCAAGGACUUGAUAUUAAGUUCUUUUCAAUUCGCGUAUUAGCAAUGGUCUUCUUACUGAUGCUGAAAUUGUUAAAGGCAUUUUUAAAAUAAAUUGUGGAAUACUGCAUCAUUCCCUUGAGGUUCAAAAAGAGUUCAUUUUAAAUUAAGUCGUUUUCAUCAGCUUAAAAACUAUUUAACCCAGUUCAGUGAGCUUGUAGUUUUGUUCCUCUGCAUAUGAUACUGUUAUUAGAAAACAGAAGUGGCUCACAGUUCAUGAUUUUAAUCCUAAUUAAACAUUCUUUCAAGUCUCUAUUUUACACUGUCCUCAGUACUCUAUGAUUUUCUUUUUUUGUUGUGGUUUUUGGCCGCCCCAUGGUAUAUGGAGUUCCCAGGCCAGGGAUCAGAUCCGAGCCACAGGUGCGACCUAAGCUGCAGCUGCAGCUGCAGUGACGCCAGAUCCUUAACCCACUGUGCUGGGCCAGGCACCGAACCCUUGUCGACAAGGGCUGCUCCCAAGACACCGCUGAUCCCAUCACACCACACUGGGAACUCCAAUACUCUACAAUGUUUGUCUGAGAAUACACUCCAUCGCUUAUUUUUCUUUUCUAAUUUAGAAGGAUUCAUUCCUAGUUGAUCAAUUAGAAUGAACUCAUGUGCUUUUUUUUUUCAUGUGUACAUAAUCCAGUUAAAUAUUUGCUUCCUAGUUGCAUACUAUGGCAAGUGAGGUUCUAUAUACACAGUUGUCAGAGUACUUUGUAAAUUUAAUUUUUUAAAUUAAUAGCUAUUUGAUAGCCAGUUUUGCAAGUAACUCUACUAACUGAUGUUGGUAUAGCUAUUUAAAGACUAUUUUGUGAGUAAUGCGAUUAUUUGAAUCCCACAUUGUUUUGUUUUUGAGUACAACUGCUCCGUGACUCUUCUGCUUCCUGUUAAGAAAAGGCAUAUGUCACACUAAAACUAUAGAAGCCCACUCACUGGCAGCUCAGCAGUUCAAAAAGGUGGUCAUUGUUUUUAUCAGCUUUUUUUUUUUGUUUUGCUUUUUAGGGCCGCACCCUCGGCAUAUGGAAGUUCCCAGGCUAGGGGUCAAAUCGGAACUGCAGCGGCCAGCCUACCCCACAGCCACAGCAACGCCAGAUCUGAGCUGCAAGCUGCGAGCUAUGUCUUUGACUUACACCACAGCUCAGGGCAACGCCGGAUCCUUAACCCACUGAGCAAGGCCAGGGGUCAAACCCGAAUCCUCAUGGAUACUAGUUGGAUUCGUUUCCGUUGUGCCACAAUGGGAACUCCUUUUAUCAGCUCUUAAGAGCUACUAGAAUUAAAACAAAACCUUGCAACACUUAGCUAAGAAAUACUUAAGCAUAUUUGAUGAGAUAUGCAGGUUUCUAAAAAGCUAGACAAAUUCGAUUUUUAUUAGCUAUGCCAUGCCUAUCAAGCAAUGUUCAAGUAUGAUAAAAUAAUGUUGGCGGCUUUAAAGCAUUAUUUUCCAAACCAAUCUGCCUAUAAUAAUUUACCAUGGGGCAGGAGAGAGAUGCUUGUUUAAAAAUCCACAUUGUUGGGCCCAGCGUUUAGGUGCAUGGAUUCAACAUCCAGAGGAAGCUCUGUUUUUAAGGGGUGUAUUGUAAUGUAAUCAGAAGAUAUUGAUAGGUUGAUCUUGCAAGAAGGGACUGAACCUGCCAUCUAUACCACACAGAGCAGCUAAUCGGAAGUUAGCUUUCAUAAGUCUAUUUUUUAAAGGAACCUUAAAUUUAAUUCUAUUUUGAUAAAAACUAAGGCUGAAAAUAGCACAAAUUUCACUUGUAAAAAUUCCUCUUAUGAUUGUUACUAAAAAUGUAUUUUCCUGUUUGAACUCUUUGGGGAUAUUUUUCAGAUUCAUUUAUAACUACUACAUUGAAUCAUGUCUUGAUAUUCAGAAAUGAUACAUUGAAAGACUUUUCACUUUAAAUUAAGUAAUAUUGACCACCUACCCUGUGCCUCGCCUUGUAUUAGCAUUGUAUCAUUUCAGUCUUUUUACAAGAGCAUUUUAUACCACAUAAUCAACCUCUUCUUUAAAUCACGUGACUUCAUAAGAUGCAAAUAAAAACAGGUGAUGGGUUUAAUAUAAUUUGUAAUCAUGAUUUACAGAUGAGCUUUGCCAAGUAGUGGUUAGAGGGCAUUGAUUUUUCUGAUGGUAAGGUGAAUUAAGCAUAUUCUUUCUGAUCAUGGUUGCAUUAUUAAAUCCCAUUAUUCACAGUUUUAAAAAUCACAGUACUUUUUGUUUUUCAAAAAUAUAACACAAUGUUAUGCCAUGCUGUAAAUUGAGUUAUUUUAUCUAGCAAAAACUCAGGAAUAUUACCUAUAAGGGAGAUGUUAAUUUAAUUUUCCACUAAAUUUAGUAUCUAUUAACCAGAGCCUAAAAUUUUAUACUCCAGUUAGAUAAGAGCUUUUACCCAAGUUUAAUUUGUCUUUCAGGACAGUUCUUUGCUUCUAAAUGUUUGAAAAGAUUUUUUAAAAUAAGUAGUGCUAUGUUUGUUGUUUCUAUCCUUUUAAAUCUUGAUUGUAAUUAGAGUAUUCUACACUUCAUGUCUUUUUUUCCCCUACAUUUCAUUUCUGAAUAGCUUUCAAAUGUAUGAAAAAGUAUUAGCAAUGAAAACUUAGUAAUUUUAUUAAGUUAUACAUGUUUAAACAUGAUAUUAGACAUUAUAUUAGCGUAUUUCUCUUGUUAAUAGUACUAUUUUUGCUUCUAUAUAUUUAUGUCUAGCUUUUAUAUGUAAUUUAUCUAGUGUUUAUAAAAUGUGAUUUGUAAUAAAUAUUGUUAAAAUGAAA